UCAUUGGUUUUUCUUGGACCUUUUACCUUCUGAUCGUUUGGGAAAUCAAACCACUAAGCCUAUUUAUAGAUCGAACCAAGAUGUUUUAAAUGAUUGGUCGAAAUUUCACGGAGAGAUGGGGCCACCUCCACAUCCCCUGUCAGCUACUCUCCUACCGUUUUUGUCGCUGCCCAACGUCGAACAUAACUACAAACAAUUAAAUCUGUUCAAUUCAGUGACGUCAACAGAAAUCAAUAAAAGUUUUAUUAAUAAUGGAAACGAAGAUGAGGAUUCUAGAGAUAAUUUGGUUGAACGCGAUUUUUCGACUUUACAAGGUCGUAUGGCCGCUACCAAGGAGUUAUUGAAUACUUUACACCCUAUACUUCUUUCCGUGUGGUUGGAAACCGUACCAUCAAUUUUUGAUUCGGCAACCGCUUUCCUUCAUAUGCAACCUGAAUUACAGUUAAUUCAUACUGCGUUGAAAAUAAUAAGUUUAUUAUGGCGUUCUUACGUGCACAACGUAUUUAAGAACAAA